CCUGCACAUGCGCGGAAUGAAAUUUCUCUUUCUCGGGAAUCGCAAUGGCGGACGCAGAAAAAAAGGUUCCGGCGGUCCCUGAGAGCCUUUUAAAAAGGCGAAAGGCCUUCGCCGCCAUAAAGGCCAUGCGUGUCAAGAAGAUACUGGCUGAGAAAAAGGUCCGUAAGGUGACCAGGAAACUGAUCUACAAGAGGGCUGAAAAGUACCACAAGGAGUACAGGCAGAUGUACAGGCGUGAGAUCCGCAUGGCCCGUACGGCUCGCAAAGUGGGGAACUACUAUGUGCCGCCUGAGCCCAAGCUGGCCUUUGUUAUCAGGAUCAGAGGUAUCAAUGGUGUCCCACCAAAGGUCCGCAAAGUUCUGCAGCUCCUCCGUCUGCGCCAGAUCUUCAAUGGUGUGUUCGUCAAGCUGAACAAGGCUUCUAUCAACAUGCUCAGGAUUGCAGAACCUUACAUUGCUUGGGGAUACCCCAACCUGAAGUCUGUGCGUGAGCUCAUCUACAAACGUGGCCACGGCAGGGUAAAGAAGACGCGUAUUGCCCUCACAGACAACGCUUUGAUAGAGAACGCCCUCGGCAAAUAUGGCAUCAUCUGUAUUGAGGACCUUAUUCAUGAGAUCUACACAGUUGGCAAGAACUUCAAGUCCGCCAACAACUUCCUGUGGCCAUUCAAGCUGUCAUCACCUCGUGGUGGUAUGAACAAGAAGACCACACACUUUGUGGAGGGAGGCGACGCUGGCAACAGGGAGGACCAGAUCAACAGGCUGAUCCGAAGGAUGAACUAAACUUAUGGUUUUCUAAGGACUCGAAAUAUACAAUAAAAACCUGUAAAAAAAAAAAAAAAAA